AUGGGUGCUUUGCGCAGAAUCAAGACUAAGCGUCGCACUAGAGACUACGACCAGGUCGUCGCCGACAUCGACUCGCCGCGCCACCUCGCGCAAUACAAGGCCAGCAAGGAUGUGGAGGACCUGCCGGGGCUCGGUCGCCAUUAUUGUGUCGAGUGCGCCAAGUGGUUUGAGAGCGAGUAUAACUUGAAGGCGCACACGAAGGGCAAGAACCACAAGAAGAGAGUGCGCAUUCUCAAGGAAGAACCUCACAGUCAAAGACUAGCCGAGGCUGCGGUUGGCCUGGGUGUCGACAACGGCAAGCCACCAGGUGAAGAGAAGAUGGAGAUGGAAGAUUGA